AAAGCUGAAGCGGGCGCUUCCCGGUGAAGUCAGUCUGCUACGGAAAGACUCCUGAUCGCUGCGGGCCUGUGAGGACAUCGGUGUCGACACAAUGGCCUCAUCAUCAACCCCUAUGUCCAAGGCCAACACCACCUUCUCUCUGGCUCUGCUGAAAACGCUGGGUGAUAACGACAAGACCGCAAAUAUCUUCUACUCGCCCUUUAGCAUCUCUUCAGCCCUGGCCAUGGUGAUGCUGGGGGCCAGAGGCAACACAGCUGCACAGAUGUCAGAGUGUCUGAAAACCAAGGACUGUCAGGAUGAUGUCCACGCCAGCUUCGGCCAGCUGCUGAGGGAGCUCAACAAGGCAGAUGCUCCCUACGCCCUCAGCGUUGCCAACAGACUGUACGGGGAGCAGUCCUACCAGUUUGUUGAGGAUUUCUUGGGACAAACCAGGAAGCACUACAACGCAGAGCUGGAGUCUGUGGACUUCCAAACCGGCUUUGAGGCGACCAGAGUCAACAUCAACAGCUGGGUGGAGAAGCAGACACAAGGUAAAAUAAAGGACGUGCUGGCCCAGGGUGUGUUGGACAGCAUGACCAGGCUGGUGCUGGUCAAUGCCAUCUACUUCAAAGGCACCUGGAACAAGCCGUUUCUUGAGCACUCCACCAGUGACUCCAUGUUCAGACUCAACAAGAAUGACUCUAAGCCAGUGAAGAUGAUGCACCACAAAAGAACUGAGUUCCCUUUGGCUUUCAUCCCUGAAGCCAACUGCCAGAUCCUGGAGAUGCCUUACAAAGGGAAGGAGCUCAGCAUGCUCAUCUUUCUACCCAUGGACAUAGAGGACAGUUCAACUGGUCUGGAGAAGCUGGAACGGGAGCUGACCUAUGAGAACUUUGUGGAGUGGACUCGUCCAGCCACGAUGAAGGAAGUUGAGGUCGAGGUGGCCCUGCCUCGGUUCAAGAUGGAGGAGAAGUAUGACAUGAAGGAUGUCCUGAUCAGCAUGGGCAUGGUGGAUGCCUUCGACGGGAGAAUGAGUGACUUCUCCGGCAUGUCUCCUGCCAACGACCUGGUAGUGUCAAAAGUCUUUCACAAGACUUUCGUGGAGGUGAACGAGAGGGGCACUGAGGCUUCUGCUUCUACCAUCUGUAUCUCCGAGGUUCUGUCCUGUCCAAUGCAUAUGGCCUCCUUCGUCGCAGACCAUCCCUUCCUCUUCUUCAUCCGACACAACCCCUCCAAGAGCGUUCUGUUUGCUGGCCGGUACUGCUCCCCUGAGUGAGCACUACGUCGUUGGGAUUGUUGAGGUCUCAACCAGAGGGGGGGUUACGAUUACAUUUAUAAUUGCAGUAGUUUAGCAUUUUAUUUUGUAUUACUGGUAAAAUGUUGAAAAUCCCCCUCCAGAGUUUCCAGUAGCUAAUCACACCCUGAGUUCCCGUCCUAUAUUCUCAGCGCCAGGUUGAUGAGUAAAAACUAUGGUGUUGGAUUUUCCAAACUGUAGCGUCACAGUUCUGCAUCACUUCUUACACGAGUGAUUCCGCGCCUCCCUGAACGUUAGGUUCUUGCACUGCUCAGCCUUUGCAUCUAAUCUGAUCCUUCGGAUCUGAUUCACUUUAUGUCUGUAAUACAUGUUUGGCCCUAUUUGCUGCAGCCUCACACCCUACCCUAGUUUAUCUAUACCAUCAGAUUCUGGGUUUUCCUAUCUUACACCCUUUGAAAGAAUUUGCCUUACUCACAAUGUCUGCUAUGCCUUUUUCAACCGACAGCACGGACAUAAACUACACCUUUCAUACCAUGUAUCUAAGAUACAAUGUUUGCAAGAUUCUCGUUUUAUGUGUUCAGUUAACCAAAGACAAUAUUGUGAUGAAAUCAAGUGCAGUUGUAUUUAAUUGCACCACUAUGAUUACAAUGACUAGAGUUCGCAGGAAGUUUUGAACGUGCAUGGAGUCAAGGUCGCCUUUAUGUAUGCUUACGCUUUUACACAUGGAAUAAAAGUGUGUGUGAUGGGAAUAAAAGUGUGUG